AUGAUGCGCCGAUUGAUGUCUGCGCGUGGCGUGUUAAACUGCGUGUCUGCAGUGACCCCCGCGAUUGCGUUCCCGCGCGCCUCUCAGGCGACUCUCAUCGCGGGACGCCACCAUGCCUCGGACGCCAUGCCAGAGCGUCAACUGCUCUACGACAACGACAGCUUCCUCAACGGCAGCUCAGCCAUGUACCUAGAGGAGCUGUAUCAGCAGUGGAAGAAGGACCCGGCCUCGGUGGACGCGUCGUGGGCUGAGCUCUUCUCCCGCAGCGACCUUGGCAGCUAUGACCGCGCGCUGCUUGAUACACCGAUUUGUGUGCUCCCAGUGGAAAGCAGUGACGAGGGGGUAGUGAAGCAAUCUCUGGCCGAUUGCGGGCGCCUCACUCGGAUGAUUCAGGCCUUCGAAGACCGGGGUCAUCUGAUGGCGCAAACAGACCCUCUGAAUUAUAUGGAAACAGACGUCACCGAGCGCACGCCUUCGCGCCGAUACAAGGAGAUGGUGCGGCUUGACCUCGCAUACUUUGGCUUUAGCGAUAAGGACGCUGACCGCGUGGUGCGCGUUGGCUUUCAGAAUCAAAUGGGUGGCAUCUAUGAUACCUCCUCGCCUCCAAUGAUGAUCCGCCAGCUCCACGAGCUGCUGACGGCGCACUACUGCGGUCAGAUUGGAUUUGAGCUGGUGCACCUCACAGACGGCGAAGCGAAGCGUUUCAUUCGCAGCCAAAUCGAGCUCAAAGACAGCUCCAGCGCGCUGCACCGGCUGAUAAGCAGGGAGGAAAAGCUCCGCAUCUGGGACACCGUUGCCUCAGCUGUGUUCUUCGAGGACUUCUUCAAGCGCAAGUAUUCGACGCAGAAGCGCUUCGGCUGUGACGGGGCGGAGACAAUGGUGGUCGGCCUCCGUGCCUUACUGGAGAAGUCAUGUGAGUUUGGCAUUCAAGCGAUUAACCUCGGCAUGGCCCAUCGUGGUCGCCUGAAUGUGCUCUGCCAUGUCAUUGGCAAGCCCUUCGAAGUCAUCCUGAAGGAGUUCGUGGGUGUAACGGGGCAGGAGCUGCUCCCAUUCAAAAUUCAAUCGGAUGUGAAGUACCACCUCGGCUGCCGCGCGCAGCUGAAGCUGCAUUCUGGCAAGGUGAUGGAGACUGAGAUGCUGUGCAACCCGUCUCACCUUGAGGCUGUCAACCCCUUUGUGCAGGGCUACACGCGGGCAAUGCAGGUUUCCUUGGGUGAGAAGGGCCGCGAGACGGUGCUGCCAAUCGAAAUCCACGGCGAUGCCGCCUUUUCUGGCCAGGGCGUAGCCUUUGAGACGAUGUGCAUUAGCGAAGUUGGUGAGCUGCACACGGGCGGCACAGUGCAUGUGGUGUGUAACAACCAGAUCGGCUUCACCACCGACCCCAAGUCGAGCCGUAGCAGUGCGUACUGCACAGACCUCGGCCGCGUUUACAACUGCCCGAUCCUUCACGUCAAUGGUGACUACCCCGAAGAGGUGGUCCGCGUGUUCGAGUUUGCAGCUGAGUAUCGGGCGCGGUUCAGCAAGUCUGUCGUCAUUGACCUCGUGUGUUACCGUCGCUUCGGCCACAACGAAAAUGACGACCCGAGCAUCACCCAGCCACUCAUGUACGAGCGCGUGCGGGCGAUGCCCGAUGUGUUCCAGCGGUACUCCGACGCGCUCAUCGCCCAAGGGGUCGUGACGCCGCAGCAGGUGACGCAGAAGGCGAUCGACGAAAAAGCACGCUACGGUAGCUACCAGGACGCCGCCGCGCAUGUGAACUACGCCGAGUACCUGAAGGCGAGCAUCCCUGCCAAGUGGAAGAACAUGAAGUACUCCGAUGAGCUCGGCAGUGUGACGCAGCAGCCCACCGCCAUCACGCAUGAGACUGUGAACAAGGUCUUGAAAGCGCUCAAGACGUACCCGGAGGGUUUCCAGCUGCACCCGAAGCUGAAGACGGUGCUGGACCGCCGCAACGCGACAAUUGAAACCGGCGAGGGCAUCGAGUGGGGCACCGCUGAGGCGUUAGCGUUUGGGUCGCUGCUGCUGGAGGGGCAUCAUGUCCGUGUCACUGGCGAGGAUGUCGAGCGCGGCACGUUUGCGCAGCGCCACGCUGUCGUCCAUGACCAGAGUCAAGUGCGCUCCUACAUCCCGCUGGCGCACAUGAGCGACAUGCAGGGGAAAAUGAUAAUCAAUAACAGCCCACUUAGCGAGUAUGGCAUGCUCGGCUACGCUGCCGGCUACUCGCUCUACGACCCCACCUCGCUGGUCAUCUGGGAGGCUCAGUACGGCGACUUCGCGAACGGCGCCACUAUCGUGUUUGACCAGUUUCUGAGCGCUGGCGAGUCCAAAUGGAACCAACAGCAGUCGUGCGUCGUGACGCUGCCGCACGGGUACGACGGAAAGGGCGCCGAGCACAGCAGCGGGCGCCUCGAGCGUUUCCUGCAGAUGAGCAGCGAGGACGUGACGACGCCCGCGUACAGCAAGGAGGAGCGGGCGCACCGCAUCAACUGGGAGAUCACGUACCCGAGCACGCCAGCCCAGUACUUCCACCUGCUACGUCGCCAUCAGAAGCGCAACUUCCGCAAGGCACUGAUAAUCUUCUUUUCCAAGCAAUUCCUGCGCGCACCAAACGUCUCAACGCUUGAGGAGCUGACGAGUGGCGAGUUUCAGUCGGUCAUCCCAGACCCAUCCGUUCCGGGCUGCCAGGCGCGCCGCCUCGUGAUGUGCACUGGCCAGAUCUACCAUUACCUGAACAAGUAUCGGGAGACGAAGGGCGUGAAGGAUGUGGCGCUCGUGCGCGUGGAGGAGCUCUCGCCGUUCCCCGUGGCGGAGGUGCAGCAGCUGCUUGCCGAGUAUGAGAAGGCUGAGCUCAUGUGGGCGCAGGAAGAGCCGAGGAACAUGGGAUCCUGGGCCCACGUCGAGCCGCGCAUCGAGGAGUACACAAAUGGCGAGCGAGAGCUGCGGUACGCCGGCCGCUGCAUUGCAGCAGCCCCGUCCACCGGGUACAAGAGCAAGCACGACAAAGAGCAAGAGAUUAUCUGCGAGAUGGUCUUUCAGUGA